AUGGGCCUCUUCGACUAUCUGCAGGUUUGGAGUGGCACCGUGGUCUGCAUCACCAUGGGCCUCGCAGGGCUUGUCAAAGGCUACUCUUUCGAACUGACGGAGGAGCUGCUGGCUCCGCACCGGAACCAGGGAGGAUGCGACCUGCUGGGUCAGAGCCAGCCCGAGGACAUCGCCAAGCUGGGGGGCGAUCUGCAAUCUUGUGCCAGCACCUGCCGGCGGCUGAAGCUGGAUGGACUUGUGGUUUGGGGAGGUGGAUGGUGUUGCAUUGCUCUGCUUCAAGUUACAAUUAUUCGGGGCGCUGAAGGAGACGGAUGGGAUCCUGUAAGAGCAAUCUUGAGCUCUUACUUCCCAAUUCAGGACAUGGCUUUCUCGGCUGGCAGAGCGGACGGUCGACACUUCACUUUUGAGAAGGGCGCAACUUCAAUGGCAACACCUUUGGCCAUGGCCUCCUCCAGCAAGUUCCCUGCUGCCAUUGCCGUUGCGGGCUGUGUGGCCGAGGGGCAUCUGAACUUCGACACCUUUGCACACGAAGUGUUUCCUUGGUGGACAUCUGAUCCCGCCGUUCCGAAGAGUCGUGUGACCCUGCGGAAUCUGAUGUCUUUCACAAGCGGCUUUUACUCACCUGACACGGGUGGAAAUGUUCCUUGCUUGGGCGCCAAUGCCUCCGCCUACACAGGCGAAUCCUGUGCGAGGGAAAUCUACGACCUAGCCCCUUUCCGGUUUGAGCCGGGUACAACUUGGGCCUACAACUCCUUCCACUUGCAAGUGGCUGGGGCCAUGGCCGCUUAUGCCGCCGGCAUCUCUGUGCAGGAGUUGCUUCAUCGAUACCUCAUUCGGCCCUUGCAGCUUAAGUCGACCAUGUGGCUUGGAGGCACCAACCCGGGAUUGGCUGGAAACUUGAUGACCACGGGUGACGACUACGACCGAAUUCUGCGUGCCUACGUCGGCAACGAGUUGAUCCCGGAGGAGGUGAGCAAGGAAAUGGAGAAGGACUAUCUGGAUGGAGUGCAAAUCGCAGAUUCCAGCACCGUCCUCGUUCAGCUACUGGGGCAUUAUUCCAUGUGCAACUACUUCGAGUGCUUUCCACCGAAGGCGAGCAGCUUCACUGAUCAGUGCAAAGCCGCAAACGUGCAUAUGGAUGCGGGCUUGUUUGGCUAUUAUCCCCUGGUCGAUCGGGCCAAGGGCACGUACAUGCAAAUCGUGACGAUGAAGUUCCCAGCGUCGCAGGCCGCCUACUUCGCCCCGACCAUCGCAUCCAUGGCCCUCCGUCUCAUAACGAAGGGCUUUGUAGACCACGCUUUGCUGGGAGAGGCGGAGGAGCCCGGAGAGAGUGGAGCUGAGUCGACGAUGGACCGGGCUGAGCAUGUGACCCGGGAGCUUCUGGACCGCUCCGGCCUGCGCGAGGUUUGGGGAAGCCCUGCAGCGCUCUGGGCAUCCCUGGGUGAGAAGCAGGACAACCGGACCGUUAUGGUCUGA